UUGCCUGGUGGAAUGAAGAUCCACUGAUGAGCUGUCCUGGGUCAGUCUCUUCAGGGUGCCCUGGGGGGUUGGGGGCAGCCAGGCUCGGGGGCUCUGGAGGCAGGUUAGGCUGGGAGAUGGAAGCAGUGACAGGGACAGCUCUGAGGGCCUGGUGUGACACAGUGUACAUCUCCAUGAGCUUUUUUCAAGGGGGGAUGCCGCACCCCGGGAGAGAAGGAGUGAGCGCCCUGUCAUGGGGAGUAUGUGAGCAGGAGCCAGACAAGCCUGUCAGAGAGGCUUCAGGGAGCCUCCUUCCCUGAAGGGUUGGGGGAGCUCUGGGUCAGAUGCUCUUAAGGCCUCUCUGGGCAUGAGGGUCCAGGACUCAGAGCCUUGUCAUUGCCCCUGGGCUCCGGAGCCCAGUUGGGUCCCUUGUCUCUGCCAGGCUGGCUUAGGUGCUGGAGAAGGUCAGAGCAGGGCCAAGGCAGAGGGCUGCCUUUUGUGGGAGGUGAGGGGUCCUCUGAACUUUUCUGUGGACACAAACGUUGCCUGUGGAUGUAGUUGCCUACCUUGGGGGCCUCCGUGUCUGUCUGUGAAAUGGGUAGGACCAUAACUCAUGGUAAACACUCAGGUACUUGGUGGCCUGCCCUUCCUGAGGGUCUGGGGUUGGGGGAACGCAGGCAGACUCAGCGGUGCUACGCCUGCAGCCAUUACCUUCCUUCCCCUGAGACACGUCUUCUCUGUCAUCAGCCAAGCCAAAGAUUCGAUUCUAUUCUAUUCUAUUCUAUUUUAUGCUAUGCUAUGCUAUGCUAUGCCAUGCCAUGCCAUGCCAUGCCAUGCCAUGCCAUCCCAUCCCAUUCUAUUCUGUUCUGUUCUGUUCUUUUGCCGGCAGCACCAAGGACAGAGCCCUGGGGCUCAUCUUUAUCAACUGGGUCCCUUCAUUCAGCACUUCCCAGUGCCUCUUGGGAGCUGGAGCCUGUGCUGGCCUCUCAGGUCUCAAAGGGAAAGCAGACCUUGUCCCCAGCUCCUCCCACAGCUAGAGACAGGUGUCUGGCUGGCAGUGCCCCCUGAGCAGUUCUUUUCGGCCCUGACUCCCAGUCCCCAUUCCUUUGUCCUGUCUCAGGCUACUGUGGUCCUGAAAGGCAGGGUGUGAGUGGUGGAUUUACUGGCACUUUGGGGGAGGUCCUGAUUUCUCUGGCCUCGAUUCUCCCCCAGGGAACGGUUCUCUCUCUUCCUGAGUGUGGACUUUGUCAUUAUUCAGAUCUCUGUCCUAGUCCUGGCUCACUGCCGACUCACUGGGUCUCCUUGGGCAAGUCACUAGCUUUCUCUAAGCCUCCUUCCUUAUUAGUAAAAUGGGGGUAAACAGGCCGCCAUAUGGGGCUGCCGUAAGAGCAAAAGAGAUUCUGCCUCAAAAGCACGUAGCUCAGGGGUUAGCACCUGCUGAGUGACCGAGAAACUGCAGCAGUGACGAUGUUCGGGAAAGUGAGGCUUGGGGAGCUAAGGUCGCCUCCCCAGGACCACACCGCCAGUGGGUGAUGCAUCUAGGACUAGAGCCUGGAUUUGAGAUUUCUAGUUUCCUUCUCAGGAGCUACUGAGAUGGCGCAGCGAUUACUGUGGAAGCUGAUGGAAGAGGAGCUUUCUUCAUGGAAAAUGAAUGGAGGGGGGGCUCCUCCUGUUGCCCCCACGAAGGCCAGGCUUGACCUGACAGUCCCUCCAUCCUGCCUGCCCCUCUGCUGGUGGCCUCCAUGUACAUAGCCAGUUCUAGCUUCCUCCGCAGGUAUAUGAGGGGUAUCAGGCCAAAGGUGGUCACGAAGGCUGUUGAAAGAGGAGAGGGAGGCACGGGUGUGCAGGACUAUAGACAGGACUUCUGAUUUUAAGUGGCAGUUCUAGGUCAAAGAGACUGAGGCCAAAAGGGAAUUUAUCAGCUCGUGCCUUCAAAAAAUCCAGUGAAAAGUAAAGCUUCAGGUAUAGCUGGAUCCAGGCUCUCAAGGGUGUUCUCAGGGACUUACAUGUUCCCGCCUCUCAACUCUGCCAUCCUUUGGCUUUAUUUGGACACUCUCCUCCCUGGUGGUAGUGUCUUUAGCCAUAGGACAGUGCCUGGCACGUAUUCCCCUGCCUCCAGCAGCUCCAGGCUCAACGUUCCAGCAAAAGCUCCAGAAUCUGAGACACCCAGUGACGGUCACCCACCCGAUCCCAAGCUGGUUCAGGGCCUGAGGCGCCCAUUCUUGUCUCAUCGGCAGGCCUGGGUCACAGGCCCACCACUCCUGGAUCCUCAAGACUCCAGGAGAGGAAGGAGGGGAGGCCGUCAUUAUGAGAAGGAUCCGGGAAUUGGGUGGGAGAAAGUACAGAGGAACAGAACAAUGAUGGCCUGUGAGACAGGCCAGUGGCUGGACCGGGGCCAUCUCUUCCCCCGUGGACGGGAGCCUGGUUAUCUGGGAGGAGGGGCGGGUCUUGAAGGCCCCAGGGGAGGCCGUCAGCCAGCUGCACUCCUUGCAGCUAAGCAGCGGGUUCUUUCUGGAAAGGGACUCCAAGUGGCAUGUCUCCAUAGGGACAGCCUGGGGGUCCAGGCCAGGAGCAGAGACCCCCUCAUACCAGCUCCAGGGACAGGGGUUUAUUGGAAGGUCUGGGAUCUCCCAGGGCCCUGGGCAGGAGGUGCUACAGCCCCAGGGCCUUGGACUUGGGAAGCCGGCCGCUGUGAACUGUCCCUCUGCUGGCAGGGCUGCCUGUGGCCGCUGCUCUCUGGGCCCCUGUGCUCAGGCCACACUUCCUCACCCUGAGGCUGCCCUGUGACUUCUCAGCCCUCUGCCCACCAGGUCGCCCUGAUCUGAGACCUCGUCGUACGUGUGCCCAAGAGAGACCCUCUUGCUUGCUUUGCCAGGCCUCAGCUUCCGCACCUACAAGGUGGGGCGGUCGCUGUGAAGAGUGAAUGAGAGGCAGCCUGGGAAGCAUUUUGGCACGUUGACAACAUCUGCCCCGACUGGGGUGGGAGAACACGAACUCCCUGAUGGGCAGCUGGGGCCUGGGGCAGAGCAGAGCCGCAGGAGAUGCAGGUGUCUGCUGCGCCCAACCUCUAGAGGCCAGAGAAAAACUGAGGGGAGCAGCCUCAACCCCCACAUUCCCUGAAGCUGCAGCUUCCCCUUCCUUGCGCUCAAAAUGGAUUGUUUCAGUUCCAGCUUUAAUUCCCAUCGAGCAGGAGGUGAGAAGGGGAAGUGGAAAAAGAGAAGAGAAAUCAGAUUCCCUCCCUCCCUGUGCCCUCCUCUGCCAAGUUUGUCUGCUUGUGUGGCCAGCCGGAUACCACAGGUGAAACCAAAACUCCUCCAGGAGGGGGUGGCUCUGCCCUCGGCCCUCAGUUUUCUGGGUGCCAGGCAGGCCCUGGCCUCGGGCAUCAAGCCAUUUUUCAGGUGGAGAUUCAGGCUCAGAGAGGGUAGGUGGCUCACCCUGGGUCACACAGCAAGUUGGUGAUGAAUCGUAGGCUGUCUGACUCCUCAGGGGAAGGAAGCCAGGUCUCGAUCUCUGUCAUCCUGUGCCCUUGGUACUAAGCUCGGAGGCCAGGGGCCGACAGGGGGGUUUCCAGGCCGUGUUUCCCAGAAGGCAGGCAGGCCAAGGUUAGGAGGCCUUUUCCCACGUCCAGCCUGGUCUGAACUGGUUCCUGGCUGGCUGGCAGACGGUGACUCAGGCUUCCAGCUCCUACCUCUGGCUGUCAGGCCUCCUCAUCCCUUCCAGAUACGAGGGCCGUGGGGACGGGUUCGGGAUGGGAAGAGGCUGCAGAGUCAUGGGUAUCCUGAGACCAUAGGAUCCGAGCAGCCCACGGAGCUUCGGCCCCGGUCAGCUCUUCCUUCCAUCUAAACGGAAUCGCUUCUGCUGCAGGCGCAAACCAACCCCGUGCCUUGUUGCCUGAAUUGAAACCUGAAUUGAAAGCGGAACCAGCAGAGGUUGACCCCUUGCGGGGUGAGGGGCGUCAGUGUUCCUCCCGAUGGUGCACCUGGAGUGGAGAUAAGAAGACUGCUCCCAAAAGAAGGACCAUGGCUUUGGAAGGCGGAGUCCAGGCUGAAGAGCCCCUCUGGAUGUAGGAGGCCCGGCGGAACAGCCAUGGCCAUGGCGUGGGACAACGGCACAGGCCGGGCCCUGAGCUUCCCGCCCACCACUUGCGUCUACCAGGAGAACUUCAAGCGGCUGCUCUUGCCACCUGUGUACUCGGUGGUGCUGGCGGCUGGGCUGCCCCUGAACGCCUGCGUCAUCGCCCAGAUAUGCACGUCCCGCCGGGCCCUGACCCGCACGGCUGUGUACACCCUGAACUUGGCCCUGGCUGACCUGCUGUAUACCUGCUCCCUGCCCCUGCUCAUCUACAACUAUGCCCGGGGUGACUAUUGGCCCUUCGGAGACCUCGCCUGCCGCCUGGUCCGCUUCCUGUUCUACGCCAACCUGCACGGAAGCAUCCUUUUUCUUACCUGCAUCAGCUUCCAGCGCUACCUGGGCAUCUGCCACCCGCUGGCCCCGUGGCACAAGCGCGGGGGCCGCCGGGCCGCCUGGCUAGUGUGCGGGGCCGUGUGGCUAGCCGUGACAACCCAGUGCCUGCCCACAGCCCACUUUGCCGCCACAGGCAUCCAGCGAAACCGCACCGUCUGCUACGACCUGAGCCCGCCCAGCCUUGCCACCCACUACAUGCCCUAUGGCAUGGCCCUCACGGUCAUCGGCUUCCUGCUGCCCUUUGGCGCCCUGCUGGCCUGCUACUGCCGCCUGGCCCGCCGUCUGUGCCGCCGGGAUGGCCCAGCGGGGCCUGUGGCCCAGGAGCGGCGUGACAAAGCGGCCCGCAUGGCUGUGGUGGUGGCAGCGGCCUUCGCCAUCAGCUUCCUGCCUUUCCACAUCACCAAGACAGCCUACCUGGCGGUGCGCUCCACGCCCGGCGUCCCCUGCCCGGUGCUGGAGGCCUUCGCGGCCGCCUACAAGGGCACUCGGCCCUUCGCCAGUGCCAACAGCGUCUUGGACCCCAUCCUCUUCUACUUCACCCAGAAGAAGUUCCGCCGGCGGCCGCAAGAGCUGCUCCAGAAACUCACAGCCAAGUGGCAGCGACAGGGUCGCUGAGUCCUCUGGUGCAGGACACCUGAGGCUGGAGCAGCCACUGUGGUUGCCCCUGUGGCCUGGGCACCGGAAGCCCCGCCGACCCUCAGCUGGGCAGGGAGUGAGGUCCCCACGGCCCCCCAUAUUUCAGCUAUUUAUUAAGCCUUUUCUCUGGAGCAGGCCCUGUGGGUACAGAGAAAGUCAGGCCUGGGCCUAGCUCUCCAGAAGGUCCCAGGAAGCCAUGGAGAGUCGGAGCAAAGCUGCUCACACAAAUAUAGUGCGACAAACACCGUAA